UUUCAGUUGUGAGGGACAACGGUGCAGCCAAGUGCAGCAUCUUCAGGAAGAAAUGUUUCCUACUCCUGUCUAUUCACAUGUCGGCCAUGGUGACUUUAUUAAUGUUUAUGACCCGGCAGAAGAUUCAUUUCUUUUAAUUGAUGCUUUGGAGAAAGAUGUCGAAGAGCUGAAGUCUAGAGUUGGAAUCUGUCUUGAAGUGGGUUGUGGAUCAGGCGUUGUUUCCGCAUUCAUAGCGUCAUUACUUGGACCAAACACCUGGUAUCUAUGUACCGAUAUUAACCCACUGGCAGCUUUGUGUACUUUGGAGACAUCACAAGUUAAUAAAGUACACAUUGAACCAAUUGUGACUGAUUUGGUCAGUGGAUUACUGCCAAGGUUACAGGGACAAGUUGACCUUCUUCUUUUUAACCCACCCUAUGUCGUGACCCCCUCUGAAGAGGUAGGAAGUCAUGGUAUUGAAGCAGCGUGGGCUGGAGGCACAAAUGGCCGUGAAGUAAUGGACAGAUUCUUUCCGUUGGUUCAAAAAUUACUUUCUGCUACUGGCGUAUUCUACUUACUGGUACUGAAAGAAAACCACCCCGAUGAAAUUAUUGAUCUUAUGAAGACCUACAAACUAACAGGCUCCAAGAUGCUCUCCAGACAAGCGGGCAGGGAACACCUGACUGUGUUGCGAUUUAGAAAAGGACUGCUCUAAGCCUUCUAGCAUUCACAUAUGCUAUUUAUUUAAUUAAUGUUUCCUCUAAGAGGAAUGUAUGGGGGGAAAUGAAUUGGUCAUAAUGACUGUAUCAAUGUGUCUGUUGUGUCUUUCACUUACUAGACUAGAGUAUGAAAGUGAUGGGUAAUAUUGCCUGUUUCUGAACAACACUUUCUGUGAUCGUAAGACAGCAAAACCUUAACGGUCCUACAAUAUACAAAGAAUUAUCAGUUACCAUGACACCCUGCUGUAUUGGAUAUUGGAUUCCUCCUUUGCUGUGCUAUGUUUCCACAGAAGCUGGGAGCCUACUUGAUGUCUUGUGUGGUUCUGGCAACUUCCAUGUGGCAUGUUGCACAAUUUUACCUAAUUAAAGGAUGAAUGGUAUAUGUUACAUUAGUGAAGCUUGUUAAUUUUAUAUCUAAGCAUAUUUUUAAAUGUAGUGUACAUCACCAUCAUAAACCCUAAACUGUUCGUUGGCAGCGGCUGGUAACAUUUUAAGUUGGUGGGGCGCUAGAU